AUGGCACCUCAACCUCAGCCGAACACAGAAACUUCUGUCCGAGCCCCAAAGCGAGACAUCGACGGUUUCAUCAAGUCUCCCCUGGUCAAAGUGUUGAUCGGACCAGAUACCGACCGCUCAGAACUGCAUAUUCACCUGUCGAUCAUAGCAGCACGAUCUGAGUUCUUUGCAAGCGCUCUAAAUGGCCGAUGGAAUAACUUUGAUACCAAAAUUGUUGACCUCUACAAGGCUGCUCCAGAUCUUGUCCUGGAAGACGUCGCACACUAUUUGGAAGCUGUUUACACGAACCAGAUCGACGACGAGAACCAUUCGAAGCGUUUCGAUGAUAUUUGUAAGGUGUACGUAGUAGCUGAGCGGUUACAUGAUGUACAGACACGUAACCUAGCUGUUGAAGCACUGUAUAACCGGAUGCAACGGCUUGAUCCUACUACCACGGUCCCCGGUCCAAAAUGUCUUGACAUUAUUUAUGAAGGCACAGCUUCAGCUAAGGAUCUGAUGCGAAAGCUGAUAGUCGACACAUGGUGUACUUGGGGUGUUGAUCGACUUGAAGAUUUUCUUGAGGAUUUUCUGGAUACUGCUCCUCGACAAUUUUUGGUUGAGCUUGCGGCGGCUGCGGUUAGGAAGCUGGUUGAGGACAGCGAGGAUCAAGAGUUGAUUCUUGAUGUGAAGGCUUAUCUUGAGGACUAA